ACUUAUAUUUAAGCUCUUGUGACAACGCAUAUACAUAGCUUUAGACAACUCUGCUUUCGUCGAAACGAUAGAAAACUUGAUUGCAUAGCGAAAGCAAAUGAAAGUCACUCAAAUGUGCCCAUUGUGACUCAAUGAGAGGAUGUGUAUGGUGUUGCAGUGUUGUCAACGUGGAGCUGGCUUACGUGUACCGUCUGUACCGACGUUUAUGCAUUGUUCUUGGUUUAUGUGUCUUUGUUUUUGUUCUUGAAUCUGCUGAGAAAAUUAAAGUUCGAAAUAUGGCACCACUAUAUCUGUGUCCUUUAUCCCUGCUCUCUCAGCUGUGGGGUGCAGUUUCCUGGAAAGCCAUGGAAUUAUGCUACUGGCUGGCGAAAUAUCAACAGACGAUGGCUGUGGUUCACCAGAUGCUGUAUUUAGUCAUCGCACUUGGAAUGGUCGUGCCUCUUCACUUUACCCCAUGGAUCUUAUUCAUCUUUGGCAUUAGUAUUCUUACAUUGUCUACAUACAGUGAAGACGUUGCGGAAAAACUACUUCAAUACACGUCUGUUACCUUUCCGACCAUUCAAGCACUAACGACAACUACCCUUCUAUCAGUUAUGAUCAGAAAUACCCAGGAGAGGUUGUGCCUAUCUUCCUAAACCCGGAGUUGAAAGAAGAAGAAGUUGAAUUCAUUGUGUACCGUCAAUCAUUGCUUGUAAAUCAAUGCACCUUAUAACCCAUUGAAUUUCCAAAUUUAAGUUCUAAUCUGACAUUUCUACCCCUGUGUCACCUUUUGAUGGGGCUUCUGUUGCUUGUUAUCAUCCUGAGAAAGAAAGUUGCUGAAUAAAUUCAUAGAUUGUAAAUAUUUUUAACAUAUAGAACUAGAUGCCUGAAGGUUAAAAACAUGAGACACAAUUAAUGUAAAAUGCCUUUUGCUUGAUGAUCGAAUAUGAUUCGUGUCUCAUAGUAUUUGUAAGGACAAUUAAUUACAUAGGUUUCUUAAAAUGCUGAAGCUCUCUUACUUCACCGAUCUCUCAAGUCUCAGAGAAAGAAUUAGGGAUAAUAAUUUCUAAAUGCAUAUAUUGUAUUGGAUCUUUACCACUAUUUAUUUAAAUAUUUACUAUAACUAUAUGUGAAGAAGGUCAAUGAACUGUUUAUUUAUCUUUUUUCUUCCUCCCUCCAAUUUUGACUCAUGAAGUCUUCAAGUUUGUAGAAUGCUUUUUCUUCUAUCCAGGUCUUAAUGAAUUCUUUAAAUGUAUCUGUGUAUAGUUUUUUUUAAUUUAUUUAUUUUGUACAAUGCACCCUAAGAGCCUCAGCUCCAUUUUUAGGGUUGGUUUAAUACAUGGUACUGUUUUUAAGAAGUUGCAUAAACUAACAAAAAUUAAAUAUUUUAUGGUAAUAACAAAUAAAUGAAUUUGAAGGAUUAACAAGUAUAUGUGAAAUAUAAUAAUAUCUUUGAAGACAAAAUGUUUGAUGUUUGAUGUUAGUGUUGCCGGUUUCUUAAAAAUGAUAUAUUGCGUUUUGUCAAUGUUUAUAAAUAGAUUGUUGAGUUCCAUCCAUUCCAUGAGGACAUGCAUAUCUUGUUCAUUUGGGCUAUUAGUUCUUCUUCAGUGCUACCAAAACAGAAUAAAUUUGUAUCAUCAGCAAAGAGAGUUAUUUCACCUUGAAAAUUUAGCUCAGUUAGAUCAUUUAUAAAAAUAAACCGUAAUUUCUAGAGGAAUCUUGCUAAUGUUCUGCACUUGUGUAUAAUAUGAAUAUAGACUAAUCCUUGAGGAACAGAAUAUUUCAGUUUUCUUCAGGUUGACCAUGAUUUAUUUGUCCAAUCUUUUUCAAUGUCCACGUAUUGAUGCCUUUCCUUGAGGUAUGAUUUGGCCGUGCUUUUUAUUUGUCCUAUCGUUCCAUAUUUCUUGAGAAUAUUGCUUAAUAUAUUGUGAUGAACACAAGGCGGCCCUCCAAUGAAACCUGGAACCCAUCACCCAUCAUUUCAGAUAUUGCUUUUACUAAUGCAUCCCGAGUUUGCUAAAUGCAUAUUGGUAGUAAAAUGUAAUAUAUUUACUGUGUACAAAUUAUGAACAUGUGUGAGUGCUCCUGUACGGGUUCACUCAUACAUUGCUGAAGUCCAGUACUAUUUACAUUUUCUUCUCUGCCUGUGUAACUUGUUCCACAAGUUUACAUACUGCAUGUAUUGUUGAUUCAUUUCCUUGAUUCCCAUUAUGGAUGGUGGAAAAAAUAUUUCUUUGACACAUGUCUGUAUGAUAAUAAAUUGUUUGCAAGGAAAAAUAAUAA